GUCAAUAAUCGGACCUAGUUUACACCGGAUCGGUGUCGCGAAGAGCCCUUCUUGACAUUAGAGUUUUGGUCUUGUUUCAUUUUUUCCCUAGGCCACAGGCAAUAUAUUUUAAAAUACUUCAAAACGGACAAUCGUCCAAACCACCCGGUUUUUACAAAGGUUCGGGUGGUUCUAACGAUCCUCAAUUAAAAUGAUUCGUGUCGAUGAAACGGAUCCAGUUGGCGAGGUAGAGCCAAGUUUUCCCUACAGAGAUGUGACGAUUCGACGUGGGGUGGAUUUUAAGGAUAACUAUGAGAUUCAAUCAGAGAUUGGCCGAAAUAAAUUUGGCGUGUUUAAGAGGUAAAUUCGGGACGGUUUACCAUUGCAAAGAGAAGACAAGCGGUUUGAUGUUGGCAGCAAAAGUGGUGACUACAACGAGAAAAGAGGACAGACGAUCGGUGGAACGUGAGGUCGAGAUCAUGAGGCGACUACAGCAUCCCAGGCUGAUACAGCUUUACGAUGCAAUAGACACCGGAAAACAAAUUUACGUUAUACUCGAGCUAAUCCAAGGCGGCGAGCUGUUCGAACGUGUGAUCGACGAAGAUUUCGUUCUCACAGAGCGCAGUUGCGCCGUAUUUAUGAGACAAAUUUGCGAGGGAAUCGAGUUUGUUCAUGCACAACAUAUUUUACACUUGGACAUGAAGCCGGAGAAUAUCUUGUGUUUGACGAAAGAAGGCAACCGAAUAAAGAUAAUAGAUUUUGGAUUAGCGCGACAGUACGACCCACGUAAGAAAAUGCAAGUUUUAUUCGGCACGCCAGAGUUCGUCGCGCCGGAAGUAGUGAACUUCGAUCAAAUUGGUUUUGGCACCGACAUGUGGAGCAUCGGCGUCAUCUGUUACGUGCUAUUGUCCGGUCUUUCGCCGUUUAUGGGUGACACAGAUGUCGAGACGAUGGCCAAUGUGACCAUCGCCAAAUAUGAUUUUGACCACGAUGCCUUUGCUGAUAUAUCCGAAGACGCCAAGGACUUUAUACGUUGUCUUCUUGUCAAAGACAAAGAAAAGCGUUCUACGGCCGCCACGUGCCGUCAACACCGGUGGCUGCUGCCGCAGACAACUCUUCCGAAGCAGUCGAAAGAAGCUAAAUCGAAAGGGAGCCUCGGAACUAAACCGAAAACGCAGCAAAUCGAUUCGAAACCGAAGGAAACGGUGCCCUCAAGAUCAGUAGACUCGAGCACCUUGAAGCCGACCACUUGGAAGCAGGAACUUGAUGUGACCAAGGACAAUCUGCGAUUGUUCGUUGAGCGUUGGCGGGAGCAUCCGAACUCGCCGUACUCGUUUGAGGCUGACGCGAUCGUGCGAGAUAAUCUGCCAACAGGGUCUGAAGAUAAGCAAAACCCGACGGAGCGUACGGACAACGGUAACUUGGAAUCGAUGUCCCUGCGCGGCCAGAGUCCAUCCCCCUGUGGCAGCGUGUGCAGCACAUCCUCAGGACUGUCAAGCUCGCAAAACCUCGAAGAAAGUAACAGCACGCUUGCUGUACCCAGCACCCUGGUUUGGGGUCUGGAGCGUCGAGCGUCCGAAGGGAAUUUCGCGGCGAGCGGUCACCGCAGAGACCAGGCUGCGCAGAUAGUCCUGGCCGAAGAGAUCAUAAAGCUGUCGGAGCACCUUCGUAACUUGGCUAUGGUCAGGCCGGGUGAACAGGUUCAAGGGGUUGAUCCAGCAGCUCCCCGUCAACCGAAGGAGCCGCUAGCGAAGGGAGGUCGUAGCAAAGAAAAGGCUCAGGAAAGUACGGAGAAGAAAGCAGCGGUAGCCUCGUCCAAGCUGAACGAGGCCAAUGCUGAAGAUUGGAAUAAGCCGAAAAGCACUCUCGGUUCAGUGACGAACAGCGGCCCCAAUGAGAUUUCAGAAAAGUUAUCGAACAUCACGAGACAGCGAAAAAUCAAGGGUACGACCUUCAACGGAAGUCGCAGCUACGAAAGUACAAACAAUAGCGUCGCUGGCUUUAGUCUUAAAAAGGGUUUCAGCAGAGGCCGAAAGAGUGAGGAGAACGAGACUCCUGAGACUGGCUCUAGUUACGAUAAUAUAAUUAGCAAAGAGACCCUAACGAACGAAGGUAGAGUCUCCAAAGACAACCGUCCCAGGGUCACUUGGAAGCUCGACAACGAGGAAGACCGGCCGCUCGGAGAUUCGGAUAGAAUAAGCUACGCGGAAGCCUCGAAGAAUGAUAAAAAUUGGAGCAAUCGUGAAAUGGAUCUAACUCCACCCUGGCGCCGUUCUCGCACUAUUCGUCGUUUCGGCGAGACCUGUCGUGACGUACCGAGGAUAUCGAAUUUACGUGACAUUCACAAAAAUCUCAAUCUCGACGAACCCACGAGCACGAAGGACCUGCUGCUGCAGCUCCUCGGGGAACUGGACGACACUUCUCGAGCCGGUGGCAUAGGGCGGAAGUCAAUCAGCGUUGAUUGGUGCGGCGAAGAGUCCGUGGCGAGGAGAUCGAUGAAUUCUUUAGCUAAAUAUUUCCAAUCGGAGCAACAGAAAAUACCAUCGUCCGCCCCCCUCGCGACCAGUCCUGCAUCCACGUCUUCUAUACAUCGCUGAAGAGACACUUUACCGUGGGAACACUCACGAGCUUCCCCGUAUAUAUUUACGUUUUUAACGGUUUACUUUAUUCGAUAUUCGCUGCUGCGAAUUACUUCGAUGUGAACCCACUUUUUAUAGCUAUUUGUUCUGGCUCAGACGCACGCUGUUGUACAUUUGACGCAAUAAAAUCAUGAGACUACUACUUUGUGCAAAACA